AUGGCUGCCAAAGCACUGGAAGCAGGGGACACACCGAACCAACCUAGCCACACCUGCGGGGACCAAUACAUGGCCACCAGCAGACUUGAAGAGGCACGAGCCGGCACCAUCAACGCAGACGACCUCGUUCUCCGCGCAAACGGCCAUAAGCCUGAGCUCCGUCGGCAGUUCAACUGGCUCUCCGCACUGGGGCUCGCGUUCUCCAUUACGAACUCAUGGGUCGGAUACUUGAGCAAUUUCGGCCAAAAUAUGGCCUACGGCGGCCCGCGACUGGUGAUAGUCGGGCUCGUACUCGCCUUUUCAGCGCAGUCGAUUAUUAGUAUCGGACUCGCGGAGAUAGGAUCUGCGUUUCCUUCAUCCGGAGGCCAAUAUCACUUUUGCUUUUUACUUGCCCCGAAAGAGUCGAGGAAAUUUGCGGGCUAUGUUAUUGGGUGGAUGUCUGUUGUCAUCCGGUAUAGCCCUCGUCGCAACGACCUUAGCAGGCAUUAUCAAUUUCUUCAACCCGAGCUUCACGGCAACGCAGUGGCAGAUCUAUCUGUUCUUCGUGGCGGUAGCGUCAUUCCUGUCUUCGUCGCGUCCAAGAAAGUGGCGUUUAUCUGUCAAAUUACCCUCCUCAUGUCCGUUGUUGGCGUGACGAUAACCCUCUUCAUUCCAGUCGGUAUGCAAGAGUACGUCCGGCCUGGAUCAUUCCUCGUUAGCCCAGGUACCGGCAUCGAAACGGGCUGGGGACCUGGAGUAUCCUGGAUGCUGGGGAUCUGUAACGCCAUGUAUGCGUUUGGCGGGACGGAUGGAGCCCUCCACAUCGCCGAAGAAAUGGUGAACCCCGGCCGACGUGUACCCCAAAUCAUCAUGUCGACGCUGCUAAUUGGUCUCGUGACGACGCUGCCACUGUUUAUUGCUCUUUUGUUGUUUUCAACGGAUACGGCGGCGAUUGUCAAUUCGCAACUUCCGAGUGCGGAGCUCCUUUACCAGGCAACGGGCAGCAGAACAGUCACCAUGUUCCUCAUUACGUGGAUACUCAUCGUCUAUAUCUCAUGCCUCCCCUCGCAAUGGGUAACAAGCGGCCGGAUUGCGUGGGCGUUUGCAAGAGAUAACGGCACGCCCUUCUCGCCCUACUUCAGCACCAUAAAUCCCCGGCUGCAAUUCCCUGUCAGGACCACGACCGCCGCGCUCGUCUUCGUCCUCCUUUAUGGCCUCCUGUAUCUCGCAUCAACAACCGCAUUCAACAGUAUCAUCACCUCCGCUGUCUUGUUCUUGAACAUCACCUAUGCCGCACCGCAGGGGAUCCUCCUAGUUGACCGUCUACGCCUGCUCCUCGCCCAGACAACUAGCAGCAUGGAGAAUAGCAGCAUCCUACCACACCGAUACCUUGAUCUCGGCCUCCUCGGUACUUUCUGCAACGCCUUCUCGAUUCUCUGGAUCAUCGUCCUGGGUGUCUUCGUCUGCUUCCCGCCCCGCCUUCCUGUGAGCGUGGAAUCAGCAAACUAUACCCCUGCUGUUGUGGUAGGGAUUUUCGGGAUCAUUGUAUUGUUCUGGGUGGUUAGUGGACGGAAGAUGUUCACGGGGCCCAGUGUUGAUUGGGAGGGACUGAGGAGGGCGUAG